GCUCUUAUUUAUAGUCCCUCACUGCUCCGGCUUCCUGCUUCAGCGAGCGGAGGUCUCUUUCUGUAUUAUUUACUACGUCUCUCUUUUCUCCCUUCGUCCGUAUCCCGACUCCACCAUGCGUUUCGACGCCUCGAUCCUGCUCCUCGCAGCCGUCGCUUCCUCCUCCGCCGCCCUCUUCGUCGAACCCCGCUCGCGUCGCCAGCAGGUCACCUUCGCUCUCUCUCCAAAGUCCUUUCGCCAGUCUGUCGCGGCCGUCGCUUCAUCCCAGAAGGACCUUUCUUCAUGGGUCGCUUACCAGUCUGACGUAUCGUUCGAGGGCAUCCUGGCCAAUAUCGGUCCAGACGGUGCAAAUGUAGUCAACAGCGGUGUGCGUCCUGGUGUCGUCGUCGCCAGCCCGUCAAAGUCAUAUCCCGACUACUUUUACCACUGGAUCAGAGACGGUGCUAUUACAAUACGCGCUUUGGUUGACCACUACGCUGCCACCGGUGACGCAAAGUCGAAGCAGAUCAUCGACGAUUAUAUUGCUUCGAAUCAGGCCGUCCAGCGGGUCUCUAAUCCGAGCGGGGCAUUCGAAGGCCUCGAGGGUCUUGGUGAGCCCAAGUUUCAUGUCGAUGGCUCUGCCUUUGUUGAUAACUGGGGACGUCCCCAAAGGGACGGGCCGGCUCUUCGCGCAAUCACGCUGAUCAACUACAUCUACGCCCUCACUAAUCGCACCUCCUCGCAAGCCUCUGAUUACAAGUACAUCUACGAUCAGGUCAUCAAGCCUGAUCUGGAAUACACUUCAAAGUUCUGGGCUCAUCCUGGUUUCGAUCUUUGGGAAGAAGUCAACGGUUUGCACUUCUUCACCGCCAUGGUCCAGUUCAAGGCUCUGUGUCUGGGCGAGCAGAUCGCAGAAGCCAUGAACGACCCGGGUGCGGCAGAGUGGUACCGUGCGCAGUCGAUCGGUGUCCGUGGAUUUUUGAGGGCUUUUUGGGACGACGGGAAGGGUCAUAUCGUCGAAACGCUCGGAUCUUCCAGAUCUGGACUCGAUUCUGCUAUCAUUCUCGGAGCUAUUCACGGAGGAUCGGAGUCCGUCUAUCCUUUGCACUCCGAUUCAAUGAUUGCUACUCUGCAUAGCUUGGUCCAGGACAUGCGUACGCGCUACAAGAUCAACAUUGCCGAUAUGGAAGAUUUCAACGAGACAGCCGAAGACAUUCCUGUCUCUGUCGGUAUCGGCCGCUACCCUGAGGACGUCUACGCUGGUGGUGAUAAGGCUGCUGAGGUCGCUGGCUCUGAUCAGCUCGGAAACCCGUGGUUUCUGUGUACUGCAAGCGUGGCGCACGCUUUGUAUGCUCUUGCUGAACACCUCGCACUCUCGGACAAGCACCUUGUCAUCACGAACCUCACCGCUCCUUUCUACCUUCCUUUGAUCCCUUCAGCAGUUUCCGCAAAGGAUGCGGCAUAUAUCGAUUUCUCUUCGACGUCGAAUGCACUCCCUACCGCGGUAAAGCUUGCCUUCGAUCCUGCCUCUAAGGAGACCCAGGCUAUCAUCGCAAACAUCGUUCGCUACGCCGAUGGCUUCAUGAACGUUAUCCGCAAGCAUUCUGAUGCCGAGGGCCAGCUUUCGGAGCAGUUCGAUCGGGACAAUGGGUUCAUGCGGGGUGCUAAACAACUCACCUGGAGUUUUGAGGCAUUUUGGAACGCUGCGAAGAUGCGUGAGAAAACAUUCGAAGCCAUCCAAAGGCGACGUGAGUUUUUCUCUAUGCGCGCAAAGCUCUAAAUGCCUCUCUCUUCUUUGAGGUCUUUUUAUUCCAGCUCUAUUGUUUUGGUUUUUUGUCCUAUUUGUACUUUUUGAUGUCUUGUCAAGGAUGCGGCUUUUUUUCCUGUUUUAAAGGUGUUGCAAUGGAAUUUCAUUUCUUUUGGAGUGGGUUUGGGCGCCUGACUGUACAUAACACAUUUUUUUGUCUUUUUUCUUUUCUAUUCUUUUUGAUGUAACUGUUAGCCAGGCGUUUCAGAUAGUAUAUUUUUGUCACUCUACCUGCGCACUAAUGAACGCAUUAUCCUUCCAAU